UAUGUAUGUUUAUCAAUGUCUAUAUAUGUUGUAAAAUCAAUGUUUGUAAAAAUAGGCGAUUAUCCGGGUGUUACCACUGAUUACUGUGGCUAUACAUAUGGUGUACAACAGAUAACAUUGAAACCACAGCUCAGAUGUUUUAAUCACGACGUAAAAGACAUACAGAUAGUUGACUCGUUUGGUGUCAAGUAUUUUAAACCAAACUUAUCCACCGAUUAUAGGAUAUAUGGCGGUCGUAAUGUUGAGCCGGGAGAGUCACCCUGGACUGUGUUCAUUAAAUAUGACAAUCUAUUUAAUACUAAUCUUUUUUCAUUUUGCACCGGUAGUAUUAUCAACAAACGGUGGAUCAUAACGGCCGCACAUUGCAAUUCUGGAACCGGUAAUAAACCUGUUUAUCCGAGAAUUCGUGUAUUUGUCGGCAAUGGUGAGCACAGGGAGGACAGAACUAUUCAUUUAGUAUCAAUUGAUAAAAUCUAUAGACACCCAUCGUUCAAAAAAAUAAAUUCAGACAAUACGAUAUUGCAUUAUAUAAGUUAA